AUGAACAUGGGUAGUGCUGGGGAAGCCAUCACUUUCACGGCCUCAAAUGAGCGUUGGGCUCUUUUGUUGAUCCUCAGGAAGAUUUUGGAAGUAGGUUUCGAUGGCAUGGCCAAGAUAUGGACCCGGGAGGGCAAACUGAUGACUGUUCUCCGGGCAUAUGGGCAGAGCACUUGGGAUUUCCCGGUCGAGGCCACCGAUCCUUGCGUACCGCUGGAGACGCAGAAUUGGCUCUUGGAGAAGGUGGAACAAGCGGAGAUUUAA